AUGCGUGACAAGCUGGCCCUUGGCAAGCUGACUAACAUAUCAUUCUUGGUUGUCAACGAGCAAGAUGCGCAAUCCAGAGCCAUGUACUGGGAGCUGUAGAGGAGAACGGCAGAGGGCAAUCAAAAGAGCCCCUUGCAAAACAACAUCUGGGACAUCUUGGAGGGAGACAAGGAUGAUUUCUUAGUUUAUGACAGAUGUGGAUAUGUCGCCUUCCACAUUGUCCUGCCCUUCAGUUUCCUUCACUUCCCUCAUACAGAAGCUGCCAUCAGGGCUACAUACCACAAAAAUAUAUGCAACUGCUCAUUAAAUGCAAACUUCUCCAUAUCAGAAGGCUUUGAAAACAACAAAAACAAUGCAAACGAGCCUACCAAAGAGAGCAAGACUAACUAUACAGAGCCGGUAACUGUUGAGCAUCAUCACCAUCAACAUGAGCAUCAUCAUCAUCACCAACAUGAGCAUCAUCAUCAUCACCAACAUGUGCAUCAUCAUCAUCAUCAUCAUCAUCUAAAUAACAGUAACCGCACAGGUGAUUCAGAUGUGACUGGUGUCCCAAAGGAGCCAAUCCAGCAUUCACAUCAAGAACAUAGUCUUUACAACUUUUAG